AUGGCCGUGCUCAAACCCCUCCUUAAAGAGGGAUCCGCGGGGGGAAAGGUUCUGCCGUGGGCGUGCUGCGCCCUCAGCCGCUACUUGCGGGCGCAUUUAAAGUUCUUGAUGCCACUACUGCUUUGUGGUAUUGUUAGUACUGCAGUGCUGCUGGUGUAG